GAGUGGAGCCAUGAAGAGCGCAACACAAUGCACCCUGUCCUCCCGGGCCUUCUGGUCGGCCCCUACAUAGCAACACGCAACGUCGAGCUGCUGCAGCGCUACCAUGUAACCCACAUACUGUGCAUCCGGGACCCGCUCGAAGUUCGCAUUCUGAAUCGGCCUGUAGUAGGUAUUGAGAACCAAUUCAUGGAUGUACCAGCGAAUGUGGCCAAGGAGAACAUCAUCCAGCACUUUGACCAGGCGACCUUGUAUAUCGAGCAGGUAAUUGGCGCAGGUGGCCAUGUGCUAGUGUGUUGUGCGGACGGAAUUGACAAGGGGCCGGCGUUUGCUGCGGCGUAUCUGAUGCGCAAGUAUGCGUUGCGCGCGGUCGACAGCAUUACUUUUAUGCAAAAUCGGCGGUACUGCUCAUGCCCGUCGGCGAGAGGGUAUAGGAUCAAACUGCUGGAGUAUGAGCCGAUUUGUGAUGCGAGGCGGCAGUUUGAAGGAAAUGCAAAUGUCCAAGGGGGGAGUGGCCGGAGACGUGCAGCUGAGGACGACAUUGGUGAC